AUGAUCAGUUGGAAAAAGCCAUUGGAGAAAGAGUAUAAACUUAAUGUUGAUGGCGCAUCUAAAGGAAACCCGGGAUUAGUCGGUGGAGGAGGAGUUCUACGCGACUCAAACGGAACAUUUUUGGCUGGUUUUUCUCACCACUAUAGUCCUUGUACGAAUAUGGUAGCUGAAACUCGUGCUCUUCUUGAUGGAUUGUGUAUGUGCAGGGACCUUGGAGUUCAACUUGUGUUUAGAGAGGCCAAUAUGGCUGCUGAUUUUCUGGCAAAAAUGGCGAGCGAUGGAUCUUCUAUUGACUUCCUUUAUGGCGAUGAGGUUCCAACUACUCUUAGAGGGAUUUUGCGUACAGAUCGGUGGAAGUUACCUUAUCUUAGACGGUGA